GCGGUGCCCUGUAAAGAGCGCAAGUUUGCGGACUUAUUCUGUGCUGUAUGCAGCAGUAAUAUUGAAAGGUGUGCUGAAGGAAAAGAACAUCCGACAGACUCAAAAGAACUUAAUGCGAACGGACACUAUCUGAAGGAGCAUGAACGACUCGUCGCGCCAUUACUUCAGCAUGAAACACAUGGACUACAUAUAUAAUAUUGACAAUAACAUAACUUUGAAUGCAACGCUCGGCGACAUGAAUGCCACAGGGAUCGCCCAAAUCAUGAUCCCUCAGGAGUUGUUUCUAAUGCUCGGCUUGAUCAGUUUGGUGGAAAACAUCUUAGUGGUGGUGGCCAUCAUCAAGAACAGGAAUCUCCACUCGCCAAUGUAUUAUUUCAUCUGCUGUCUGGCGGUGUCGGACAUGCUGGUGAGCGUCAGCAAUGUGGUGGAGACGCUCUUCAUGUUAUUGACGGAGCAUGGGCUGCUGCUUGUCACGGCAAAGAUGUUACAGCACUUAGACAAUGUGAUCGACAUUAUGAUAUGCAGUUCUGUCGUUUCCUCUUUGUCGUUCCUGUGCACUAUUGCGGCGGACCGCUAUAUCACCAUCUUUUACGCGCUUCGGUACCAUAGCAUCAUGACCACGCAACGCGCCGUCGCCAUCAUCGCGGUGGUGUGGCUCACCAGCAUCACCUCGAGCUCUUUAUUUAUCGUUUAUCACACUGACAACGCGGUCAUCGCCUGUCUCGUCACGUUUUUUGGCUUGACGUUAGUGUUCACGGCGGUUCUGUACCUGCACAUGUUCAUCCUGGCGCACGUACACUCCAGACGCAUCAUGGCUCUCCAUAAGAGUCGCCGGCAAGCCACUAGCAUGAAGGGAGCCAUUACUCUGACCAUCCUGCUCGGGGUUUUCGUCAUCUGCUGGGGUCCGUUUUUUCUCCACCUCAUCCUCAUCCUCACCUGUCCCACAAAUCCUUACUGCAAGUGUUAUUUCAGUCAUUUCAACCUGUUUCUAAUUCUUAUCAUAUGCAACUCGCUUAUAGACCCUCUCAUUUACGCAUAUCGCAGUCAGGAGCUGCGCAAGACGCUGAAAGAAAUGAUUCUUUGCUCGUGGUUCUUUGCAAUGUGAGUAAUUCCUUCUAGAUGUUUGUAGGAAACACGUGGAGGAGCAUCUGCGUUGAUGUUAACGUUAAUGUCCAGGGCCGUUUCUAGCCAAUUUGACGCCCUAGGCGAAAUACCCCACCACCCCAAUAUAUAUAUUCUUUUCAGACACCAGUUUCUUGUUACAUUCAAAUUGUUUGUCAUAGUAACGAUAC